UAUGACAUACAUUGUUGAACUGUCACUAUUUUGUUUUGUUAUAAAUCGACGAGCAGAGAACAAAGUAUAAAAUAAUACAAUUUCUUAUAAUUUAUUCAUAUUAAAUUCUUAAGAAAUGAGUGUAAAAUAUUUGUACUAUCGUUGGGCAGUAGAUUUAAAAAACUUUACACCAUCUCUAAGUCAACUCACUUCAGCAUGUUCGUUCGUACAAGCAGAAGAAAAAACACGACUCAUGAAGUUCCAUUUUAUUGAUGAUUUUCUAUCAUCUCUCGUCGGUCGUUUGUUAAUGAGGAAAUUCAUCAGUGAAACCACAAACCUUAGAUAUAAUGAAAUAAUAUUCGACCGUGAUGUUCGAGGGAAACCCUAUCUCAAGUUUCCGAACGUAGGUUUACCUCCAAUCAGCUUCAACGUCUCCCAUCACGGCACUAUGGUUGUUUUGGCUGGUGUGACGGUGGAUGUCAAUAACGCAAAUGAUUCCCAACAUACACUCAAGAAACCAGACUUUGCAGUAGGUAUUGAUGUGAUGAAAAUUGAAUACACUGGCGGCCAGACGCUCUCGAAUUUCUUUCGUAUAAUGACGAGGAACUUCUCAGACAGCGAAUGGCGCUACAUUAAGCAAGACGAGAACACAGAGCAAGACAGUUUGAAAGCGUUCAUACGACACUGGUGUCUGAAGGAGAGCUAUGUGAAGAACAUUGGCGUUGGCCUCACCGUUGAUUUGCAAAAAAUUAGUUUUUCUAUUCAGGAUGACUUGGAAACAGAUAAGAUCGUCACAAGUACUGGACUAUGUGUAAAUGGGUUUCCAGCCAGAAAGUGGGUUUUCGAAGAACACAUGCUCGAUAAGGAUUAUUGUGUUUCAAUUUCUUUUAGAAAUUGUUCCCCCAGUGAGAAGGGAGAGUUUAAAUUCUUCAGUUUCGAUGAAUUGCUGUUGGGUAGUGGUGUGGACACAGGUGCGCCUGCGACGGAGGAAUCUGAAGAAUACUCUCGCAAUGUUCUGCAGAAGGAACGGAAGCAAUUGAGGUCAUAGCAGUGACUUCUUUUCUUUCUCGUAAUUUAAGUAAACUAGUUGUUUGUAAUAGAAAAAUAAGAAUAAAACUUUUUAACUAAA